UGUUCGGGUGUAGUAACAGCAAUGGAACGACCUUCCAUUGGUGAAGAAACACAACUCUAAUUCAGUAUGAUCGGAUAAAGAAAUCUCUUCGCAUAAACAAAUAAAGAAAUAAAAAAGGAUCAAAUAUGUUAUGGUUGUUGAGAAUAUAUAUCUAGUGGUAGAGAGUAAAUUCAGACAAGAGUUUUCUUUCUUCCACAUGUGAAUGGUGUUGUUUUUUUUUUUUUUUUUUCUCAUAUUGCAAGUUAGUUUCUAACACACUAAUGGAUUUUGCUUUUCCUUUCUUUCUUUCCUUUUUCUCGCCUCUCUCCUUCAGCUUCACAUUUUCUUUCUCUUACAAACAACAUUAACAAUUUGAAUAUAAUUAUAUAGCAAAAUCCCCAAAUUUUCCAGUUACACAAGGAGGAGAGAGUCCCCAUUUACAUAUAUAUUAAUUUAUCUUACAUAAGUAGAAAAAAGAAUUUGGUGUGUUUCUAAAUUUGAGCCAAAUUGGGUAUCUUUGGUUUGUUUUUGUUUCACACCCACAUUUCUGUGCAUUGUAAAAUUGUUUUUUAUUUCCCAAAAUUCUUGAUUUGGGUGUUCAGUUUGUGUAAAGUUUUGUCCUAAUAAUCAGAAAAGAAGGCAUUUUGGAAGAAAAAAAUAUUUGGGGUGUCUCUAAAUUUCCAAAUUGGGCAUUUUUGGUUUGUUUUGUUUCACACCCAUUGUAAAUUGUUGGAAAAGAUUGUGUUUAUUUCCCAAGAUUCUGGAUUUGGGUGUUCAGUUUGUGUAAAGUUUUUUCCUUUUAACGACAAAAAAGGCAUUCUAAAAGAAGAAAAGAAAAAGAUUUGGUUUUUCUAAAUUUCCAAAUUGGGCAUCUUUGGUUUAUUUCAUUGUAAAUUGUUGGCAAUUGUACUUAUUUCUCAAAAUUCUCAAUUUGGGUGUUCUAAAGAUUUGUUGAAUCAAUUACAAAAAGGCAUUUUUGACAUUUUUUCGAUUUAUGUGUACCAUGGCAAGAUUGUUGAUUGAGGCUCAAGCUUUGAUCUUUAUAUAAAGAUUUGGAUAAAGAGACAGAUGCUUUAUUUUGUAAGUGAUUGGGGAUCUUUGAGGUCUCCUUUAACUUGUCAAGGAAAAUGUAUUCACCUCCACUGUCUUCUACAAAUCGAAGCGAUUCAAAAGAGAGAAUCAACACCACUAGUAGCUCUCAAUUGCGACUUUAUCAAAUCUGGCAAGGAAGAAAUAGAUUCUACCUUGGAGGCAGACUUGUAUUUGGUCCAGAUAUUAGGGCACUGUUUCUUACGUUGUUCUUAAUCCUAGUUCCAGUAGCAUUAUUUUGUGCUUUCGUUUCAAGAGGACUCGUCAAUGCAUUUCCCCACCAAUUCGGCUAUAUUAUUGUGGCUAUAUCUCUUGUCUUCUCAGUCAUUAUUGUAGUUCUUCUCUUGCUAACUUCUGGAACAGAUCCUGGAAUUGUUCCACGAAAUGCCCAUCCUCCAGACGCUGACGAUGAAUGUGAAACUUCUAGCAUCUCGACGAGUUGUUUGGGAAGUCAGACUGGUCCUGUCAGUUUACCACCUAUGAAAAAUGUUACAGUCAAUGGAAUAGUUGUCAAAGUAAAAUACUGCAAAACAUGUAUGCUAUAUCGGCCACCACGCUGCUCUCAUUGCUCCAUAUGCGACAAUUGCAUUGAGCGCUUCGACCAUCAUUGCCCAUGGGUGGGACAGUGCAUUGGGAAGAGGAACUAUCGUUACUUUUUCAUGUUUGUUUCUUCUACAAACCUCUUGAGCCUCUAUGUCUUUGCGUUCUGCUGGAUAAAUUUAAAGAAGAUAAUGGAAGCACAACAUUGUAACGUUUGGAGCGCAUUUCUCAAAUCACCUGCUUCAGGCGUCCUUAUUAUGUAUACGUUCGUAGUUUCUUGGUUUCUCGGAGGUCUCACAGCAUUUCACUUGUACUUGAUAAUCACAAAUCAGACCACAUAUGAAAACUACCGGUAUCGUUAUGAGAGGAAGAUGAAUCCUUUCAAUCUUGGAUGUGCUCGGAAUUUUAAGGAGAUCUUUUUCACCAGCAUGCCAAGUUCCAGGGUCAAUUUCCGUGCACAUGUGAAAGUUGAUCGCUCUUCAAGCUUUAACACCUCAUCUUACUUGGGUGGGGCUACGACGAAUUCAGAUAUGCACAAAAUGAAGAACUUUGACGUGGAGGUUGGGAGAAGACAGGCUGUUGAUGCUGAUGAAUGUAAAGAUAUAGACAACCGGAUAAGAAGCGUAGGUGGUGGGGUAGACCGAUGUGAGAGAUGAAGGCUGCGGCCAAAAAGGUUACUGUGCAAAAACAUCAUCGGGUGUACAUAUAUUGGCUGAAGAGCUUAGAGCAGAAUACGAUCUGAAGGACAGGGAGAAGUGGUCUUCGUUGAAGUUUUUGUUCUUCCUGCAUGGAUGACACGGCGGCAUGGUGUUGCCACAACGGUUGAAAUUGUAGGAUCGUUGUGGCUGGAGGGGUGGGGGCUUAAUAUUUUAAUUUCUUGUGAAUGAUUAGCAGCUCAUAGAAAUAGAAGUUCAAUUCUAUUCUUCUUUGAUGAUUUGAUGAUAUAUAACCAUUCAAUGAAUGUUUUGCUGGUGAAGUUGUAUGACACUACUGUUUGUUUAUAUUUCUAUUACUGUAGUUUCAUAUA